UUCCCGCAUGGCUGACUGGCUGCUGGUGUGGAAGAUGCUGCUGUUGAGCAGCGCGUAUUCCGCAGAACACCAUUCAUUUUAUAAUGGCCUGUAGGAUCAGGAGGACGAGCAGCAAAGGUGUUUUGAAGCCCUGCGUGGUUGUUAACGUUAGCCGUGAAGAUGUAACAUCCCGGGGAAAGCCUCGGAGAGAGGGGUAGAGAGACUGAGGGCGGUUCGGCGGUCUUCCACAGCAUGACUCGUUUUUAGCGUUAGCCUACAAAAAAACAUGGGCUCACAAGUGGUACAUACGCUACGACAAGGGGUGUGGGCUUCACUGACCGGGGGAUGGUACCAUGACCCGGACCAGAAUAAAUUCAACAAUUCCUGCCACCUUUACCUAUGGCUCUUCUUGCUGGUGUUGCCUCUGUCUCUGCAUUUGGCUCUACCACCCACUACUUUGGCCCUCAGUAUAUACUGCGCCUCGGUGACAGUCUUCUUCAUCCUCAUUAAGAUGGUGAACUAUCGCCUUCAUGUGAUGUUUGAUGAAGGCGACAUUGUGGCCCGGAAUAGUGUGUCUGACAUCAGCAAAGGCGUAGACAAGAAAAGUAAUGCCUCUGACUCCUGCCUGCCAGCCAGCCUGAGAAAGAGCAGCACAGUGCCUGAUAGUGUUGCCAUGACAGUACUGACAAGAAACAGGCCAAGUCCAGUAAUCCAAGUCACAGUGAAACAGACUGAAACAGACCCUGGACUGAUUGGGGAGUGCCCAAAGGAUGACUCCAAGAACACAGAAGGCCCAGAUGACACUUCCUCUCAAAAGAGGUCCAAAGAAAGAAGAGAGGCUGAAGAGAGACUGACCCCGGAAGAGGCAUUCAGCCCGAACACUGACCAGUCGGCACCUCUCUUGCAAAGAGAGCAGAGGCAGCAGACUCAUCUGGAUACAGCUGAUGAAGGCCUGCCUCCUUCUGCUGGCAGCGAGGAGGAGAGCGAUGAGGAGGCCAACAAAGAAAAAGCACCAACUGUGGACCCCAACAACAACAGCUCAUCUCCAGAGCUCACCCGAGAAGAUGAGGAGCAAGAGAAGCCAGAGGAGACUUACUGCUCGGACGAAAUCGCUGUGGUGCUGGUGGACAACUCAGGCCCAUCGGAUCAUCUUGACGAGAGUGACACAGUGAAGAUCAUCAUCACCAUGAGCUGUGACCCACAGACAGCGGCCGAGCUGCAGGAGUCGGUCAAGCUCAGCAUCUUGGAGUCUGCUCAGUCUCACCUCGCCCAGCAGGAAGUGGCCGGGGGAGACUGUCCUGUCAAAAUCCCUGUCAUUACCUUUGAUUCACCCCAUGAAGAGGAGGAGGAGCAUGAGGUAAGUGCCAAAGAAAGAAAAGAAGAUGAGCCCAUUCCUAGCGAGAAACAUGCUCAGCAACAGUCUGUGGACCGUGAAAGCCAUGAUUCUAAUGAGCCAAUUGGAUCCAAUCCCACCCAGGAAGGCCAGGAAGCUUCGUCCAAUGAACACGAGUUGGAGAACCCAAGUCCCCAGCUGACUUACAACAGCUCCUCUGGCAUUGAUGUGCGCUCCCAUCCGGAUGUAAACGACCCGACCGAGCUGAAGUCAGACACUGAAGGAUUCCUGCAAAUCCCUUCUGGUUUCGGAAGGGUCGGGCCAGGAGGAAGGACGCAUGUAAGAGGACUCAGCAUCGACAGCGGAAGGGAUGCUGUCCUCAUUGGAAAUAGGUGCAAAGACAAGGCACAAACUAUGACCUCCUCUAAGUCAGACCUGGAGGCCAAAGAAGGCCAGCUGCCCAAUGAGUCCAACUUUGUGGAGUUUGUUUCACUAUUGGAAUCCAUUAGCAGUACCAGGGGUGGUGGAGGGAGGCAGGCAGAGGAUGGAUCGAAGGAGGAUGAGAAAGCCAAAAAAGAUGAGGAAGCUAAGGUGGCUGUGAAAAUCUUAGAAAACGGAGAUAUGGCUGGACAGCAGGACCAUCCAAACCCUCCGAACAGCCUGGCUACAGACACACUGUGCACCAUUCCAGAGAAACUGAUUCCUAUAGUCUCUCCCGAUAGUCCUCAGACUGAUAAGGAGAGGGAUCCAGAUUAUGACUCUCUGCCCUCUCAGACCUCCCAGUCAGAAAGCUCCAUGCUGCAGGUCAUUUGUAGACCAGAAGCAACAUCCAAAGAGGAAGCAUAUACCUUUCACACAGUCCACAGGGACAGACCUCGAAAGCUGUACAAUGAAAGAGCAUUAAAUUUACCUCUUGGAGCUGAACUCAUCACAGGCAACAUAUGUGAUCUUCUCUCCACAUCUUCAAACUCUGAGUGCCAGGAUGGGUUAGCAGGUGGGCACUCUGACUGCCCAUUCCAGCGUCGCAUCAUUCCAGCUCACCGGCUCCGUCCCAGGCAGACCCACCCAGAGAUCUUCCAGGAGGAGGACUCUCUUGACGAAUCCUCUGACACGACUACUCAGGAAAAGCCCUCUCGCAAACUCUACUAUAAGCUCAAAGUUUUUCCUGGGAAAUGGGUUAAUAUCUUAUAUGAUCGGUUAACCUUGCAGGCACUACUAGACAGGAAUCAGGAUGUGAAGGAGAACAUGGUUGCAGUGUUCUUAGCAUUCCUAGUGGCUUUUCUAGGGUUUGUACUCCUGAACCAGGGCUGUUUCAAAGACUUUUGGGUUUUCCAGUUCUGCCUCGUCAUUGCUAGCUGUCAGUACUCUUUACUGAAGAGCGUUCAGCCUGAUGCAGCUUCACCUAUUCAUGGACAUAAUCAAAUUGUUGCCUACAGUCGAGCUGCAUAUUUCUGCAUGUUCUGUGGCCUUAUUUGGAUUUUGGAGUCUGUGCUGAAAAGACCAGACCUUCCUGUGUCCACCAUAUAUGGCAUUACAAUUGUAAUGUCAGACACCCUCCAGACUGUGCAAGAUAUUCUGAUUGGGUUUACAUACUGCUUCCCAAUAAGCUUUCUUCUUGGCCUUCUCCCACAGAUCAACACCUUUGUUAUAUACUUUUUAGAGCAAAUUGACGUGCACCUUUUUGGUGGGACAGCUGCAACUGGACUCUGCUCAGCCGUCUACUGUAUAGUGAGGAGUCUGGUGGUGUUAACCUUACUGUAUGGAUUCUGUUUUGGUGCUCUGAAGGAACCAUGGGAUGAGCAACACAUCCCAGCUCUGUUUUCUGGGUUUUGUGCCCUGCUGGUGGUCCUGUCAUACCAUCUGAGUCGACAAAGCAGCGACCCCUCAAUACUAUUCUCUUUGAUUAAGUCCAAACUGAUGCCAGCACUGGGGGACGGUGAGGUGGAGGAAGUGGAUACAGAUAAUGUGGACCCUCUUCCAGAAAAGCUCAAAAGCUCAGUGAAAGAGAUUUUGCUCUCAGAUCUGGUUGUCUGCAGUGUUGCGUCAGUUUUGACUUUUGCUGUUACUGCCAGUACAGUCUUCCUCUCUUUAAGGCCCUUUGUCACCAUAGUGCUGUAUGCCCUGGCAGCGACUGUGGGAUUUGUUACCCACUAUCUGAUCCCUCAGCUGCGGAAACAUCAUCCCUGGCUGUGGAUCUCUCAUCCUGUACUUAAGAGUAAGGAGUACUCCCAGUUUGAACCCACAGAGGAUGCUCAGUUGAUGUGGUUUGAGCGGCUCUAUGUUGGACUUUUGAGCUUUGAGAAGUACAUUGUGUACCCUGCAAUCAUCCUCAGUGCUCUUACCAAUGACGGCUUUGCCCUCAGCCACAGGAAAAAGCUGGGUAUACACUGUGAUGUCUUGUUGAUGACAGUUGCUGGGAUGAAGCUUCUGCGCACUUCCUUCUGCAAUCCCAGCUACCAGUUCCUCACGCUCAUCUUCACCAUCAUCUUCUUUGAGUUCGACUACAGCAGCGCAUCCGAAACCUUCUUGCUCAACUUCUUCCUCAUGUCCAUAGUCUUCCACAAGCUCUGGGAUCUUCUCCACAAACUACACUUCAUUAUGGUGUAUAUAGCUCCCUGGCAGAUAGCAUGGGGGAGUGCAUUUCACGCCUUUGCCCAACCCUUUGCUGUCCCACAUUCCGCCAUGCUGCUGCUACAGACGUUAAUCACCACACUAUUCUACACCCCACUGAGCCCAUUCCUGGGCAGUGCUAUCUUCAUCACCUCAUACCCACGGCCCGUCAAGUUCUGGGAGAGGAACUACAACACAAAGAGAAUUGACAACUCCAACAGCAGACUGGUGUCUCAGGUUGACAAAGAGACUGGUUGUGAUGAUAACAAUCUGAACUCCAUCUUCUAUGAGUACCUGACGCGGUCACUGCAGCACUCUCUUUGUGGGGAUCUGCUGCUGGGUCGCUGGGGGAACUUUAGCAUGGGGGACUGCUUCAUCCUGGCCUCAGACUACCUCAAUGCCCUUGUACACAUCAUCGAGGUGGGCAACGGCCUUGUCACUUUCCAGCUGAGGGGCCUGGAGUUCAGGGGUACAUACUGUCAGCAGAGGGAGGUAGAAGCCAUCACUGAAGGAGUGGAGGAGGAUGAUGGCUGCUGCUGCUGUGAGCCAGGUCACCUGCCUCACCUGCUCUCCUGCAACGCUGCCUUCAACCUGCGCUGGCUGGCCUGGGAGGUCACCACCACAAAAUACCUCCUGGAGGGCUACAGCAUCAGUGAAAACAAUGCUGCCACCAUGCUGCAGGUUUAUGACCUACGCAAGCUGUUGAUCACUUACUACCUGAAGAGUAUUAUCUACUAUCUGGUGAUCAACCCAAAGCUGCAGACAUGGCUUAAAGAGCAGUCUAUGCAGGAGGCCCUGCAGCCCUACAGUAAAUGGCACCACAUAGAGAGGGACCCAGCUGUGUUCAGUGUGAAGAUUGACGAAGACUACGUUCACUGCCUGCAGGGAGUCACCAGGGCCAGCUACUGCAACGUCUAUCUAGAGUGGAUCCAAUACUGUGCCAGCAAAAUGGAGGAACCAGUGGACAGUGAUGAGGAUUCUCCUCUGGUCACUCUUUGUUUUGCUCUGUCUGUGCUGGGCAGGCGGGCACUAGGCACAGCAUCGCAUAACAUGUCGAACAGCUUGGAAUCCUUCCUGUAUGGAUUUAACACAUUGUUUAAGGGAGAUUUCCGCAUCGCGAGCAAGGAUGAGUGGGUUUUUGCUGAUAUGGAUCUCCUGCAGAAGGUGGUAGCGCCUGCGGUUCGGAUGAGUCUGAAGCUUCAUCAGGACCACUUCACGAGCCUGGAGGAGACGGAGGAGCCAGCUGUGUUGCAUGAGGCCAUCAGCACGUACAGAAGCAGUCUGGUAAUCUGUGACGAGAGUGACCCCGCGUGGCGCAGAGCGGUACUGUCCAGCCGGGACACCCUACUCACUCUGCGCCACAUGGUGGACGACGGCACUGACGAGUACAAAAUCAUCAUGCUUUACAAACGCUACCUCAGCUUUAAAGUCAUCAAGAUCAAUAAAGAGUGUGUGCGGGGCCUUUGGGCCGGGCAGCAGCAGGAACUGAUCUUCCUGCGCAACCGCAACCCGGAGCGCGGAAGCAUCCAGAACUCCAAACAGGCUCUGCGCAACAUGAUCAACUCGUCUUGUGACCAGCCGCUGGGCUACCCCAUGUACGUCUCUCCUCUCACCACAUCCUAUAUGGGCACACACAAACAGAUGAGGAAUAUCUGGGGUGGCCCGCUCAGCCUGGAGAGCAUCCGUACCUGGCUAUUCUCCAGGUGGCUCCGUGUAAGGAAGGACAACCUGACUAGCUGCAACAGUGGAGUGAAUAUGGAGGAUGUGGACUGUGCCGGAUCCUCCGUCAGUCAAAACCAUAACUCCAUCACCUCCCAAAGCGUUAGCAUGCACCAGGGCCGGCCGCGGAGCUCACAGACCAGGCACCACAGCACAGGCCGGCGGGAGUACCGUAGUCGUUCAGUUCAGCCUCAGGCCCAGCGGCCCCCUGUCACCAGCCGCUCUGGGCCCAUCCUGGACAGCCAGCAGGGCUCAGGCUCGGGGGGGCCUGGGCUGAUGCAGCGCCUUUCCAACAGUCAGCUGUCCUUCAACACCUCCUCCAUCGCCUCCGUCUUCUCACAGGUUCCCCGUCUGUCCACAGCGGGUCCUCUGCCCACAGGUCAGCAGCGCUCCAGCCAAGCCUCGUCCUCCAGCUCCACACUAAGCCUGCUGUUCGGCAAGCGCAGCUUCUCCAGCGGUCUGGUCAUCUCUGGCCUAUCCGCCGCUGAGGGAGGCAACACCAGUGACACGCAAUCCUCCAGCUCCGUCAACAUUGCACUGGGACCGUCCGUCCGCUCCACGAGCAGAGCCACACAGUGGACAUCGGAAGCCUAUGAGAGUAUAGAUGCCACCUCCACAGCAGCCACAGGGCCCAAGGACAACACAGCGUCAGGUGAUAAAGCCUGCGAACAGAGCAUGGACAAGAGCCAGGAGGAGUCCAACUCAGCCUUCCAAGAGCCACCAGAGCAGUAAACCAUCUGA